AUGUGUUCUAAACGACGGAUCGAUUUGGCUGAUCCGCACUUUGCACACAUUCACAAUGAGAUGGGAAUAUUGGCUGAAUACAGUCGGGCUGACGCUAAGAGCUUUUUGCUUUUGAUCCGGUCCCUUAUGCCGAAUUCCUUCAAACUGAAGCUAAUCGAAUAUGAAUUCGCCAGAGAUAACAGCGAUCCAGCUACCGCUGCUCAACAUUUGUCUCAGCUGGCGUCAUCUCACAUUGAACUGCUCCAGGAUGAGAUUAAUAACCUUUUUAAGAAAAUUGCUUCCCCGUCUCCAGAUCGUGUUUCAAUAGACAUAUUUUCUAGACUCAGCUCGAAUGCUCAGCAUGAAAUAAUUCGAGUAUACGUGGAAAGUUACUCUCAUCACCUGGCUAAAGCAAACAUGUUGCUGUCGCUACUUUCCAUCCGAGAGAUUCGCGCUUCAACUCAGCUAACUCCUUGGCUGCUCACUUGGACUUAUGAGUGUCUUCGUGAGGGCGAGCGACUAUUAUUAAGCUCAUCCUCUCCGGAUACCAGAUCAACUCACUCGCACCAGAGAUCUCCUGUCGUUUCCUCCGAAGCGGCGUCCGCUUUGAUCUCCCCCAAUUUAGGUGCCAAGCGGGGGAUAGCUGACGAUGAGAGUGAAGAGGGGGAAGUCGUAGGUGAUGACGAAGAUGAAGAAGAGGAUUUGAGUGACUUUAAGACAAACGUAGCUGGUUGUCAACCGCCACCGGACAAAAAUCUGGCCAUAAAUAUCUACCGGUUAAAAAUGGCCUAUGAGCUUUUACCCAUCAUUCACAAGGUCUAUGGACAAGUAAAAAUUGAUUCUAGAUUCCUGGAAGGAGUGAUCACGUAUUCUUUGAGUUUCUUGGUAAAUUUUCUCCUUUUUUACCCUGAAAGUUCUUCGGUCCUGGGUACGGACGAAGCAAUCGGUAACUUAUUAAAAGUUCACCCCAGAGAAUACAUUGCUGUAUGCCUUUAUUUUCUGAGCGAUUUGCUUAAAUGGUCGCGGACUAUUUUUACUGCGCCCGAUGCGCCGACCGCUUUUGAAUCCCACGGAUACACCUUGAAAACUUCAAAAGAAUUACUGAACAUCCUUUUACAAUGCAUCGACGAGCUCUCCGACUACGAAGCUACUUCCAGAAGACGUCGACCAGCUGGGAGAAAAUCAGAAAGUCACCAUGCAACAACCAGGGCUUUAUCGUUUCAAGCUGCAUCACUAUUUUGGUACAUUUAUAUCACACUUGCGACGGAGCACCUUUUCAAGGAUAAGCCUGGCAUGCACGAAAAUAUGUCUGCUGCUUCAGUGUCUUCCUAUCCAUUGAAUGUCUCCACCUUAUUUUCUAACCAUGUUGUCAAGGUAGAGCAAAUUUCUUCGGAUAACACUACCUCGCCACUGCUUUUACUUGCUUGCCUGUUGCGUCAUCGGAAAUACGAUGUGCAAUCGAGAAGGUAUUCCCUGGGCCAAAAGGAUUUAGACAAGUUAGUGGCGAAAAUUGGCCCAUCAGACUCUUGUAAUCGCCUUUCCGGGACGGUUUCUUUAGAGAAGCUUGUUGAACUAGAGCUGGCUCUUGUCGGACUACUGGAACUUCCCGCACUUCAUAUCUCCAACUCUGAUGCAUUCGCUCAUGCUUAUCCCGAAGUCGACCGCAGCUUUUUGCGAUGGAUCUCUUGUGCUUGUUCAAAGAACAUUUUCUCCAUUAAAGCAUUGGAGCGUUGUGAUCAGCAAAGAAUUUACUUCUUGCAGAACUUUUCUGUUAUACGUCAGUUAGCACCAGAUGACAACACGUAUUUUCCCUCUUUCAUGGACCACGACAUCUGGUUAAUUCCUCUAACUCUACGGGCGGUUGAAUACUUUGGGUGUCGAAUAGUUGCUCACUGGCUUGAAUGUGUAUUGCAAAAGAAAUGCGGUGUUUCUGAGGAAUGCAGACUUAAUGCGGCCUGCUUUAUUGUUGUUCUUUGUCAGAUAGACUCCGUAAAAGGAUACGGAUCACUGUUUACCCGGAGUUACCCUUUGCCUUGCAAUGAGGUGUUGAUCAUGCUUCGGGACAACUGGUCUCGUGCCCGGCUUCGCCUUUAUCCAUGGCUAAUCGGUUCUCCGGAAGUGUUCUCGGACGCGAGUCUUUUGAACCAGUUGGUUCAGUUUGAAGCUAGCUACCGGUCAGUCCACCAAGAUGUCGAACACCCGGACUUUUCGGACGCAUGUGUUAGAUGCAUCAGAUCCUCUAUCUCGAUUCCAAUUAGCACCCGCCUGUCAUCAUUCGUGCAGUCAGAGUCACCUACUAUAUUCUCUUGCCUAAACUACAUCGAAUAA